ACAUCACAACAGCUCCAGCAGCAAUGAAACUUGCACACUUUCACUUCUUCAACACUUGGAGACACUUUACAGGGAUAAAAAUCCACAUGGACGAAUAAUUCCUCAUGGAGAAACGCUGAUAUUCCCGCUGCUGGCUGUCCAGUGGUUAUAAACACUGGACUUUUAUUGUAUAUUCUCUUUUUGGGCUAGCUGGUCAUGCUAGUUAGCCUUCGACUGAUAACAAGAUAAACACAAAUUAUAUCCUAAAUAUCUUCAUUUUUCAUUGAUGUGGAUUAAUAACAGACUCAAGGCGCCAGUUGCGCGAUGUAAAAGUUGUAUAUGACUGCGUUUCUGCAGUUUUGUCUAUGAAUUAUGUAUGCAGUUUAGUAUUAGCUCACGCUAACUGAAAUAAUAACAGGGUCAUUUCAGUUGUUUGGGUAUGGUUUUUGGGGAUACACAGUAUAAAACAUUUAAUUCGGGGUUUAUGGGUGAUUUGAGGAACUCUUUGUUCGGGAGAGGAAGAGGAAAAUGAGGAAGAGGAAGAUGAUGGUGAUGAAGAUCAGCUCAACAGGGAACUGCUGAUUAUAAACAGACACAUUCAGAAAAAUGCCUAGAAGAAAACAGUCUAACCCACAGCCUGUCAAAUUGGGAGCUGAAGAUGGGGCGGCAGUCGGCAAUCAGGAAAACCUGGUUCUGGAGAGUGACUUCCUCCUGGGACAGGACCUGGGCUUUGGAGAAAAUGACUACAGGAUCGUGGGUUUUGAGAGGGACUCAGACUCUGUCACGGCUGACAUGGGAAUGCCGGUGUAUGGCUUCAGCGAUGAGGACUGUUCCAGCUACAACCGUCUCGGCAUGGAGAGCGACUUCGAGGACCCACGAGACACGGAGAGCGAGCGGGAGGAGAUGGGCCCUGACGGCACGUUCGCUCCGUACCUCUCCUGCAGGCAGUGCGGGCAGCUGCUGGGCGACCCGCUGAGCGGCGCGCUGGACCUCGCCGGCCUCUACUGCCUCCAGUGCGGCGCCGAGGGUGGAGACGCAGACCGGCAGGACCGUCCGUUAGAGGAGGCCCACCCCACAGACACCGCGCAGGGGAAGGUGAACCGAGGCAGAUCCACGUCCGACGGAAGCUCUUGUAAAACGUACUCCUGCAAACUGUGCAGCUUCAGCUCGCGUUACUCCAAUCAUUUGAAGCGGCACAUGAAAACACACAACGGCGAGAAGCCGUACCGCUGCCAGCAGUGCACCUACGCCUCCGCCCAGCUGGUCAACCUGCAGCGGCACGUGCGCACGCACACUGGCGAGAAGCCAUACAAAUGCGAGUUCUGCACGUUCGCAUGCAACUCUCUGGGAAACCUGAAGAGGCACCAGCGCAUGCACACGCAGGAGAAAGACCUCAACUGUGGCCAGUGCGACUUCAGAGCCAACAACAGCCACUCCUUAAAGAAACACAUGAUGAGUCACAAGGAGGACAAAUCGACAGACUUCACGGAAGAGUCUGUGGUGUCUGACCUGACUUUGCACAUCAGCAGCGACCCUGACUUCCUCCAAAGCUACAACACCCUGCGAACGGACCGCCAUCCCCCCACCCUGCUGCACGCCGAGGGUUUGGCCAAAGAGUCGGACCCUCUGCCCGAGCUGCUAUUCCCCUUCACGUGCCGUGUGUGCGGAGCGGUGCUGGAGGAUGAGGAGGGCGCCACGGCGCAGAUCUGCAGCAAAUGCACACUAGACAUGCUGUCCAAAAGCUCACCGAGCAGCCCGGAGAAAGGCGACAAGCUGUAUUCCUGCACGUCGUGUCCGUUCGUCACGCAGUACCCCAACCAUCUCGCCCGCCACAUGAAGACUCACAGCGGCGAGAAGCCCUACAAGUGCCCGCAGUGCAAUUACGCCUCCGCCCACUUCGACAACCUCAAGCGGCACCACCGCGUGCACACGGGCGAGAAGCCCUACAAAUGUCGUGUAUGCGACUACGCUUGCGGCAACCUGGCCAAUCUCAAGCGGCACGAGCGCAUCCACUCGGGCGCCAAGCCCUUCCAGUGCAGCGUGUGCAGCUACAGCUGCAACCAGAGCAUGAACCUGAAACGCCACAUGCUGCGGCACACCGGCGAGAAGCCCUUCAAGUGCCAGGAGUGCGGAUACACCACGGGCCACUGGGACAAUUACAAACGCCACCAGAAGAAGCACGGCCACUCCGCCGAAGGCUGGCUCAAGAUGCAGCUGCCGGAGAAAGAGGAAGAGGAUGAGGAAGGAGAAAUGUAGUGGAAGCUCUUUAUGAUGUCUAACUCCAGUUGCCUUAUUAUUAUUAUUAUUGUCAUCAGAGGAAUCCAUGUAGUAAUGGUGUGUCGCAACAGGGCCGGUGUGCUGUUUUUUGUUUGUUUUUUUGUCACUUGAUUGUAUUUUGUAUUUUAUCCAACUGUUUACAGCAGCUGAUUUCAAUCCCAGAAUCACAGCUUUGCAAUUUAAGGUCGACGUUUUGAACUGAAAGAGCACAUUUAUUCACUGGGUGAAUCUCACAAAAAUCUAACAGGCCAUAUUUCACCCUAAAAUUAAAGAAAAAAAACUUGAAAUUAUAUUUUUGCAUGAAAAAAAAAAAAGAGGCAUGUUUCUUAGGACCAUGAAGAUUUCUUUUUUUAAUGAACCAUGUCUCUUAGGACCAUAAUGAUGAAUAGUGAAAUUAUUUUUUACACUACCUUUCAGUUUAUUUUAUUUUAUUAUUUUUAUUUUUUUUUUUUUACUUAAGUUUCAAAAAUGAGGCAUGUUUCUUAUGAGCACUGAGUUUUGUUUUGUGUUUUGUUUUGCAUUUUGAAAUUAUUUUGGGGACUUUCAUUUUCAAUAUUUUUUUUUUAUCUUUAAAUUUUAAAAUUAUAUAUAUUUUAUUUUUUUAUUUCAUUUUUUUCAAGCCACAAACGAUGUACAAACAAGGAACAUAUAAAAAAAUAAAAACAAUUAUAAUGUAAAAAGAGUUUGAAAAAUUGUAUUUAAAAAUAAAUUUAAAGCGAGCACAACCAAUAAAGCCAUUAUAAUAAUGAGACUUCUUUCUUUUGCUUUUGCUAUUUAUUUUAAUUUUAUUUUUUUGCUCUCAUGAAAGUGUCACAAUGCAAAAAAACAAAUCCUAAAACCAGACUUCAUUUUCAUUUAUGCGAAAUAUAACUUCUUAUUCUUUUUUCUUUGAAAUUUGGCAUUAAUUCUAUUCUUGAUGCGUUUUGUGAGAUUCACCUCACUGCUGUCAUGGAUUCUCGUUGAAUUGCUGAAUGAAAGAACUGCAAUAACACCAACAAGUGGCCCUGUUUCAGGUCAAUGCAGCAGCUCUAGUUGUUUUGUGAGGGAUUUGAUGACACUGAAGACGUCUGGCUGCUACUGUAUGUUCACUUAUGCACAAUGACAGUGAUGUUGCCUUGUCUCGGGGAGGUACUGCUCCUCCUUCCCUCAUUUACUGUAUCUGAAUUUCCUGGUGCCACUGCAAAAUGCUGCACUGAUCGGGGUCUCGUCCGUCCCCAGCACACUCAAGGUUUUUCCAGGGCAUUAGAGGGAUACGUAUGAGUGAGUCUCACGAAAACUGUUCAGAAAUGCUAGCAUUAUAUUUACCCGGAAAUGAUUAUUAAAUAAGGGAAUGUUUUGCAUAAGGAAUAUGAGGGUGAUUUUUACAAAUUUUUGCAUUGCGACAUUAUUGUGUAUCUCUACAAUUUUCAUGUCUGUAAUGUUAAAAAGUGGAAGAAAGUAAAUAAAUUGUUCAGUUAUUGUGGUAGUAUAUAUUGUACUAUCCCUUUGUUUUCAUUACUGUAUUACAGUAAAAAAUAAAAAAAUUUAUUGCAUAAUGGUGUAAAUGACCUUAAUUGUCUUUAAAAAAUAAUGUCACAAUGCAAAAAAAGUUGUAAUGGUCCUAAAAUAGGCCUCAUUUUCUUUAUGCAUUUGUUUUUUGUUUGGUUUUUUUUUUUGGUGUGAAAAUGACCCAGAUAUGUUUUCAUGAGAUUCACAGAUGUGUGUGUCUUUUGUUUGACUUCAAGCAAUUUCCUUCAGUUUUAUUUAGAUUAAAGUGUGAUGCCUACUGUGAAAUUUUCUCUUAGGAAAAGUAAUCAUGGAAACCUGUGAAGGUUUAAUUUUCUCACACUUUUUCGUGGGAAAGAUCCUGUUUUGCCUUCCCCUCUUUUACUUGUGCAAACCAGUUCAUGAGGAAGACCACGUGUUCAUAUUCGCUUUAUAGUGAACAGAACAUAUUCAAAACAAACAUUUAAACAUUUUGUACGCAGUCACUUUGAUAUGUAUUUCAUCUUAAAGGAAUAGUUCACCCAAAAUAAACAUUUGCUGAACAUUUACUCACCCUCAGGCCAUUCAAGAUGUAGAUGAGUUUCUUCAUCAGAUUGAUUGAUCCUCACCGAUGGAUCCUCUGCAGUGAAUGGGUGCCGUCAGAAUAGGAGUCCAAACAACUGAUAAAAACAUCACAAUAAUCCACAAGCUAGCUGUUUGUUAGACGUGUAAAAUGUCUUAAGGAUGGAUCAGCAUUUCACUUCACAAGACGUUCAUGGAUUGACUGGAGUGUUGUGGAUUAUUGUGAUGUUUUUAUCAGCUGUUUGGACUCUCAUUCUGACGGCACCCAUUCACUGCAGAGCAUCCAUCAGUGAGCAAGUGACGUAACGCUACAUUUCUCCAAAUCUGAUGAAGAAACAAACUCAUCUACAUCUUGGGCGGCCUGAGGAUAAGAACAUUUUCAGCGAAUUUUCAUUUUUGGGUCCAUUAAUUGGUCCUCCACUUUGGUCCGUUUUCUCUCUGUUACAGAACUGGCGCAGUCACUCUGAAAUACACCGCAAGAGUUCAGUGCAAUCAGGGAAUGAAUGAAAUAGAUGCACAGCACUGAAUCCAAUGAUUUUUGGUUCGCCAUAUGGUGUAAUAUGAUUAUUUAUGUACUGUAUUUUUGUGGGUUUCUUUAGCUUUCUGAUAUUUGUACACAAAUUGUUGAUCUGAAGUGGCCUUUUGUUUCAUAAUAAAGAUGUUUUUAAACUUUUAUUAAAAGCAGCUGCAUUGAGACAUUUGUUACAGAUGGAAUUCUGAAGAAUAAAUAUUCUAUACAGUAUUAGAUUACAGUGCACUAAUUUAUUUGGACGAGCGUUAU